ACCCAUAAGUGGUAUUGAUAUACCCACCCGGUGAAGAGAGAGAGAGAGAGAGAAAGCAGAAAGCACAAAACCCAACCCAGUUGCAGUUGUUUCGUCUUCAUGGACGCCCAAUGACUCUCGCCGAACAACAACGCAUCAAACGCAAACUCGAUGAUUACGUCGACGAUGAUCUCGACUUAGCCUCCUCCUCCUCCUCCUCCUUCGUCAGGAUGAGAAAAGACGACCGUAACCCUAACCCUCAACCCCAGCCCCAAAACCCUAUCCAGUUCUUCGUUCGAACAAUUUCCGGGGGCACAACCCUAGUCCUCCGCGGCUACCCCCAUGACACCAUCGAACUCAUCCACCGCAAAAUUCACUCCGCCACCGGUAUUCCCAUCAUGGACCAGCGCCUCAUUUAUUGCGGCAAGCAGCUCCAGUCGGAGCACACUCUCUCUCACUAUAGGAUCACAAACGACGCCGGAUUGCAUUUGGUCGCUCGAAUGCGCAGCACAGGCCACCCUCUCGUCUGGCAACUGGUCGACGAUUUGGUCUCCGUCAUCUGCAGGGCCUGCAGAGGAGUGGUAGGACAAGGGGCUUCCACUUCCAUCAAACUCAAACUCACAGAGUUCUUAAACAUGCUGCCCACCACCGAUGAUCAUGAUCAUGACGACGAUCACGAUCACAAUCACAAUCACAAUCAUCGUGAUCGUUCUGCUGCUCCUUAUCUGGAUAUCUUUCUUUCUUCCUCUGCUCCGGCAGCCCUGGUGAUGCUUUACUUCUCACCUCAUCCCGGUAACAAAGAAUGUGCUCUAGACUCUGUUCAACAUUUUAUUAAAUCCUUGCCAAGGCUAAUUUAUUCACAAUUUGCACCUAUACUAUUAGACUUUUGUAAGUUGCUCCGUAGAGCUGCCUUUCAUGAUGAUCCUUUGUAUAAGCUCUGUCGUACUAGUCUAGCUUCAAUGGUGCACUACAUUAACUUGGCUACUAGGAAUUCAAAUGCUUCUAGCUAUAACAACAUGGCCAUUGCACUUCCCGAUAUAUUCCCAUUUAUGAAUGAACUUGCCACCAAGUUAUCACAGGAUUUGGUCUCUAGCAUGGAAUCUGUAUCCAACUCUGGGCCGUCGUCCAGUGACGUCCAUGAUUUUGGUGCGUUUCUGCAGCCUCUCAGGAGUGCAAUUAUUGGCCACGGGACUCCGCUUCCAGUGGAGAACAGCCACAACCCUUGGUACAGCGAUGAAGUGGGUUGUCUGUAUACCAUCUUUCUUGAUUUGCUGGGGAAAGUGCAAGCGUGCCUCAACAGAGUGGAGGAGCAUAUGAAGGUGAGGAAAGAGAAAGGAGAUGGUGGAUGGGAUCAGUACCUUUGUAUCUUGAAGGAGCUGCAUCAUAUUGCUGUACUAUAUCAAGGUGCAGAAGACAAGUUUUGGAUGAGUUUGAGGUGUAAUAAGGUUUCCAUGUGUUAUCUAAUUGUCAGAUAUGCCAAGAGGGGAGAGGAUCAUAAAUGGAUUCUUGAGCAUAAGGAGUUGACUGACUUUGCAUCGAGGAGGCAUUUGGUUAUGAUGUUGCUUCCAGAGGUGAAGGAUGAGUAUGAGGAGCUCCAUGAGAUGCUUAUCGACAGAUCACAAUUGUUGGCUGAAUCGUUUGAGUAUAUUUCAGGAGCAGAGCCUGGGGCGUUGCGCAGUGGAUUGUUUAUGGAGUUCAAAAAUGAGGAAGCUACCGGACCUGGUGUAUUACGUGAAUGGUUUUUCUUGGUGUGCCAAGCUAUAUUUGAUCCUCAAAAUGCUCUAUUUCUUGUUUGCCCUAAUGAUAGAAGAAGAUUCUUUCCUAAUCCAGCAUCUAAGGUGGACCCAAUGCACCUACGAUAUUUUAAAUUUGCAGGCAGGGUGAUAGCCCUAGCGUUGAUGCAUAAAAUGCAAGUUGGGAUAGUAUUCGAUAGGGCCUUCUUUUUGCAAUUGGGUGGAGUGGAUGUGUGCUUGGAAGAUAUAAAGGAUGCAGAUCCAUACUUGUAUAGUAGCUGUAAGCAGAUAUUGGAUAUGGAUGCGCGUGCAGUGGAUGAAGACGCACUUGGUCUAACAUUUGUUUGGGAGGCUGAAGAGUUGGGAUCCAUGAAACUUUUGGAGCUUGUCCCUGAUGGAAAACUGAUAAGUGUGAAUAGCAGGAACAGGAAGGAGUACGUUGAUCUUCUGGUCAAGCAUAGGUUUGUCACAUCUGUUGCCCAGCAGGUAACGGAAUUUGCCAGAGGAUUUACAGAUAUCGUUACAAGCGAAGAAAUCCGCAAGUUAUGUUUCAAGAGCCUACUUCUUGAAGAUCUUGAUGGGAUGUUGCAUGGGAGUGAAAGUCCCAUCUCUGUCGAGGAUUGGAAGGCACAUACAGAAUAUAACGGCUAUAAAUGCACCGAUCCUCAGAUAAAGUGGUUCUGGAAGAUUGUUGGGGAAAUGACCGCAGAGCAAAGAAAGGUUCUUCUUUUCUUUUGGACAUCAGUGAAGUAUCUACCAGUAGAGGGGUUUUGCGGUUUGGCUUCAAGGCUUUACAUUUACAAGUCGGGUGAGGGUGAUCGUCUCCCUUCUUCUCACACAUGCUUUUUCCGGAUAUGUUUCCCUGCUUACCCGUCAAUGGCUGUGAUGCAACAACGCCUAAACAUUAUCACUCAACAACAUGUUGCGUGUAGCUUUGGAACAUGGUGACCGACCGACCAACAGUUAACAACUUAUGUACAGAAAGUAUUUAUUUACUUACUUACUAUAAAUAGGGCACAGGGAGGGGAGGAGGUAAAUUAUGUAUCUAUCAUCAACAAAGGUUUUUAAUCAUCGUCUGCUUUUGUUUAUUGUAUAUACAUCUGCAAAUCCAAUUCAUCAUCCUCAUAAUUAAACCAUAGGAAUUUUAUAAGGCGGUUUUGAGUA